UAUAUAAAUAAAUUGUAUGUUGUAAAAGGUUGAAAAGAAAUUACGUGAAGAACCGUUUGAUUCGCAGUUCUCCUCUAAAACAGUUACCAUUCCCAAUCCCAACAAACACUCUCCCUCAUCUCAUCCCUGUCUUUCUCUUCUCCGAUCAUUCUCUCUCCGAAACUCCAACCUUAAUUCCUCAAAACUCGACCACAAUGUUCCGCGUAAGCAACACCGUAGUGGGUCUCCUAAACGCAUGCACCCUUCUCGCCGGAGCAGCAGCAAUCGCCACAGCAAUCUACCUCCGAUUCCACUCCGGCACCGAUUGCGAGAAGGCACUCCAGAACCCUCUGCUCCUCCUCGGCGCCUUCUUCUUCGUGGUCUCGCUUCUGGGGUUGGUCGGAGCAUGUUGCAGAAUCAACUCCCUUCUCUACGCCUACCUCUUCCUGAUGUUCUUGAUGAUACUGGGUCUCAUCGGUUUCACCGUCUUCGCUCUUCUCAUCACCAACAAAGGCCUCGGCCAAGCCAUCUCCGGCCGCGGCUACAGAGAGUACCGACUCGGGGAUUUCUCUCACUGGUUGCAGAACUACGUCGUCAACGACCACAACUGGGCUGAUAUUCGGAGUUGUUUGAUCGAGGCUCGUGUUUGUAGCAGUACUGAUGAUGAUGAUGAUGAUCUUCGUAAUAAUAAUAAUAAUAAUCUCUCCCCUAUUGAGUCCGGUUGUUGUAAACCGCCGUCGUACUGUGGAUUUCAGUACGUGAACUUCACGUUUUGGGAGGUUCCCAAGUCUGGUCCGGCGGUGCCCGACACCGAUUGCCGGACCUGGAGCAACGAACGGAGUUCGCUCUGCUACGACUGUAAGUCCUGCAAGGCCGGAGUCUUGGCCAAUAUUCGAAAGGAGUGGAGGCGUUUCGCCAUUUUUAAUAGCUGUGUUCUUGUUGUGAUCACUGUUGUUUACUGCAUUGGUUGUUGUGCUACGAGGAACAAUAGAUCUGGACCUCGUUCUAAGUUUAGUUUAUAGAAAUAAUUAAUGUUAUUACAUAUAUAUAUAU